AUGACGGACCGUGGUUUAGGUUUGUUGGAUGGCAUUAAGGCAGUUUUUCCUAGUUCCCCACACUCAUACUGCAUAAAGCAUCUCAAGGACAACUUGUAUGGUAGGCUAUCAAAGAAGUUGCUUGCGUCUUAUAUAGACACUCUUGUGUCGUCGUUUGCUGCUUGUGCAUAUGCUAGAACUCAGGAAAAGUUUGAUGAAGCAAUGCAGAAGUUGAGAAGUGAUGGUAAGGGGGUGGUUGAAGAUUUUCUCAAAGAACUGAAACGGGAAAACUAUGCUUUCGCUCACUUCCCUGGCAAGAGAUAUGGUGCAAUGAGCAAUUCGCAAGCCGAAAGUUACAACAACAUGAUCAAGGAUGAAAGGUGUAUGCCACUGCCUCAGCUACUUGAAGGUGUUCGUGUUCAUACGAUGGAUUUGUUUACAAGAAGGAGGUUAGGCUCUUCCAAUUGGGGCAGCGUUCUGUGUCCUAAGAUGGAGAAGAAGUUGUUGAAGAGACUACAGACGAGAAGGAAUUGGAGAGUUAGGCAGUCCAGUCAAGAUGUUUUUGAAGUUUUUACUGAAACCUGCAACGUCAUGGUGAAUUUAGUUGGGUGUGAAUGUUCUUGUCGUCACUGGGAGUUUCGAUGCUUUCCUUGUGCGCAUGCUGUUCAAUUGAUGAAUAAAGCCAAUCUCCUUGCAUAUGACUACAUUGAAGACUACUGGAAGACUACAUUCUACAAGAAAACAUAUGAGCUUCCUAUCUGUCCAGUUCCUGAUCUGGAUAGGCCUAACAUCUUGAGUUUUGGAGAUUCCGCAUUGCAGCCUCCCAAGACUAGAAGACCACCUGGAAGACCAAGGUCGAGAAGAAUCAGAUCUUUUGGUGAACAAUGCAAGGAGAUCACUUGCUCGCGUUGUCAAACAUUAGGCCACCACAACAGCAGGACAUGCAUCAAUCCUAUUUGA